CUACAGUCUUUCACCUCCUGUACCACCCGUCUAUUUAAGUCCCGCCUUUCUCUCUUGGCCGCCAUUCCCUCUUUGACAAUCAACACCUCACACAUCAAUCAUGGCGUUUCCCGCCAAUGGGACUCAGUUGAGAGAAGAUGAUGGUCCGGCAGGCACAACCGACCCUGCCCCCCCUGCCGACGCGCAGCCGCAGCCGCAGCUGCUAUCGCAUCCGCAAGGACCACCUCAACCACAAUCCUCGGAAGAGUUGCGUGCGUUUCAGACCCAGCUUAUGGCACUGGAGGCGGAGAAUCGUCGGCGGUUGACGAAGCGUCGACUGGCCGAGAGGCAGGCACAACAGCAGCAGCAACAGGCAGAACAAGAGAAGCAGCAGGCUGAACAACACCAAGAUCAACACCAAGAAGAAUUAGAGCAAUCAUCGCAGCCACAACAGCCAGUGCAACAGAUAUAUCCACAUCACGGCCCCUGCGGGAUGUCUCAGCUCCAGUCUCAGCUUCAGGACUUUCGGUUGCAGCAGGCCUUGCUGGAGAGGCAGCGCCAGAUGAUUCUAGCUCGAUUAGCGGAGCAGCAGCAGCAGGAGCAAGGGCAGCACGGAGACCCCAAUGUCCCCGGCAGUCCUGCGGUCAAAGAAGAAGAAUCGGUCGGCGAUGUCGCCAACCGCAAGGUCCCUGUUCAUGUCCUCCAGGAUUAUCAGCUUGGGCUCACACUGCAGCACCGACGCGUGCAGCUGCAGAGCACCUACCGGCAGUCGCGGAUCGAGCACCUGCUGGCCCGGCAGGAGUCUAUGGAGGACAGCUACGCGCAACUGCUGCUGUGGCGUCUCGAGCGGCCUUCGCCGCGCACGGAAGACGAGGCGGAGAUAUUGACGGACCUGAAGCGACUGCUGGAAGCCGGGUUGGGGGCGAUUCAGGGCGCCAUGCAGGAGCCGCCGACCGUCGAGCUUACCGACGAAGACCGGCAGCUGGAUCUCCAGUUGAUCCAGCUGAAUCGACUGCGGUACGCGGUGAGGGACCAGCAUAUCGCUGAAGGCCUGGUCGAGCCUGACGAGGGCAUUAGGAGGACGAUGAACACCAGGUUAAGCUCCCAGGAAAGAUUCGAGGAUCUGAGGUUGCACUUGGACCGUCGGCUCGCCUGACCGGACUACGCCGCCCUUCCUGAUGGGAAAGGGCCACAAGCCGAGGGGAUAUUCUGUACAUAACAGUAAGAAGUGAAGUGGACAAGGGAAUGAUAUGGGAAGAAAAGAAUUCUCCUGGGACGACUAUCCCCUGAUGGUCUUGUCGGUAAGAAACGACUGAGAUGCACCAUUUCAGCAGAGGGCGAAUCUGCAACCUGAAGCAAGGUCAAGACAGGCCAGCAAAAUCAGGUUUGCGCAAAUUCCUGUCACAACAGCCUUGGAGGUUCAGUCGGCCAUACGGUGCUUGCUUCGAUUGGGAGGGGACAUUUCUGUAUCCAUAGAUCACUGCAUGUGAGCCGCGUUUCACGGAAUAUGCAUGCAUAACUCUCACCACUAAAAUCAUCGCGUGAGGUUCCGCCCAUACCCACAGAAUUCAAUUUCCCUUCUA